UGCAGUGAGAGCAGGGUUGGUCUCUUCUCACUGGUGACAGGACAAGGGGAAAUGGCCUCAAGUUGCACCAGGGAGGUUUAGGUUGGAUAUCAGGGAAAACUUCUUUACAGAAAGGGUUGUUAAGCACCGGAAUAGGCUCCCUAGGGAAGCGGUUGAGUCACCAUCCCUGAAUGUGUUUAAAAAGCAUUUGGAUUUGGUGCUCAGGGACAUGAUUUAGCGGUGGCUUGUUAGAGUUAAGGUAGUAUGGUUAGGUUGUGGUUGGGCUUGAUGAUCUUUAAGGUCUUUUUCAACCUGAGUGAUUCUAUGAUUCUAUCCUGUCUUUUCAAUAUGAGUGUUCCCUUUGGGCUCUAGCUAAGUGCUGCUUGUGACCACAGGUACUAACCUUCUGUUUCUCAUGGGAGUUUCUUAGAGAUCAGCUUGCUACCAUGGCUAAUGACUUUCUGUCUUAAUUCAGUGCUGUUGAUAUGAUCUCAAAAUAUUGUAAAUAUCACUGCUUUGAGGUUUGCUAUCUGAAGCCAUUAAUUACUCUUCCCUUCCUGGAGCCUUAAGCGCGAUCUCAGCUGAAGGCACUAUUGGUUGUGUUAUUCUUGUACAAGUUACUGGUGGUGGAUAGUACUUGUAAACCCUACUGUGUUUCUGUCUCAGUUGACUUGUACACCUGUUCUCCGGUUUCCUAGCCCUAGCAGUCUUAAAGCUAACAUUAGACCAGUGUUCCAUAUCUUCUUGAGGCUUGUAUGUACUAAGAGUGGGCUAGUUAUUAUAAGUACCAAGCCACGUACUGAUUUGGGCAUAACAUGGCUUUUUAAAGUAGAACCAUUGCUGUUCUUUGGGGCCAGGCUGGAUGUGGCCCUUGGCAGCCUUAUCUAGUGUCCAAUGUACUGGUUGGCAGCCCUGCCCAUGGCAGGGGGCUGGAACUAGAUGAUCUUUGAGGUCUCGUCCAAACCAAGCCAUUCUAUGAUUCUAGUUCUAUGAUUCUGUUCUUUUCUCAACCCAACCUUAAACCUAACUGUGUGAACACUGCCAGUAUAACAUUUAAAUGUUGCCCCUGACACAACUGACCUUUCUUCUUUGGGCUCAUAACUGUCUUAAUAUGCAAUUUUCCUAAAUCUAGUAGUUAAGCAAAUACAAAUUCAACUAAUCUAAACAAACCCUAAACUCUAAAGUAUUUUGACAGUCUGAUUCCAUCAAAAGCUAACCCAACCUGACUCUGGCCCAGGUAUUUGUUCUGAAAUGUUUUUUUUCUAAAUGUCUGGCCUAUUCAAGUCACACAGUAAUCAUGCGUGGAAGAAAGUUCUGACAAUGAUUUACCCUGUUUAUAUCCCUGUGAGAUUUGCUGUAGGCAAUGCAAUUGUUCUGAUUCCCCCCUCUCUGCAUUUUCCAGCUCUUUGUGGGUGUAUGCGUGUGUAACGUGGUUAAACUUGUGCGGGGACACCAGCAGGUGACAGAUGCCUGCAACCAGGCUGAGGGGCAUGCUUCUGCAAACAGAAACCUGUCGCUUUAUUGUAUUGCUAGCUACAAGUCCUUACCUGAUAUUGUGGUGCUGAAGACAGGGUUAGGUGAGAGCUUCAGCUCGAUGUCAGGGAGCUGCUGCAGCUUGGGUGGAAACUGCUCAGGGAACAUAAGGAGCUUGUGCUCAUAAGCAGACUCAGCUAUUUCUCUUGGCAGGCUUCUAAUCUCACUGGGCUACUGUUGGUAUUGGGUUAGUUUCAGAGGCUAGAGAAUGGCAAUAAAUAAGGCAGAAUGAUCUUAUGGGAAAGGGAACAAAAAAUUAUAGUGGAGGUUUUUGCCCUUAUGGGUCCAGACUUCAUUUCUUCCUGCAGCUUAUGGAACUUGAAGGCUGGGGCAUACUUUUUACUCACUCUUAAACUCUAGGUUGCUUGUGGUACCAAAAAAGUAGUUCCUCAUACAUGAAAUUAUAAUAACAUCCCUUAGCUUGGACUGUUUCAGGAGCAUGCCAGAACUGUAUUCUAUGUUUUGUUUCUAUCAUUUACAUUGUUACAUGUACAAGCAAACGCAAAUAUAUACAAUAUUAAAGUCUGGCAGUUAUUGUUGUACUGCAAACGGGAGUUUCUGUAGUUUCCUCUAUUUGUAUAGCUAAGUUUAUACCGGGGAGUGAAGAAUUGCAGUAGCUAGGAAAGAUCAGAUUAAGGUGUCAGAACCAAGAGAAAGCAGUUAGUUUGUGUUAGGGUUUGCUAACUCUCCACUGGUCAGUCCAGUCCAGAGAAGUCUGAUGUUCACCAGGGCAGCGUGGGUCCUGGGUCCAACAAAGAAUGCUUGAAAGCAUGAAGUGCGGAAGGAAAGUAAGAGCUUCUUGAAAGACUCUUCUGUUCUGAAAUCUGAAAUUAAGAUAAAUCUUCUCAGUGGCUCCAUUUGAAGAAUAUCCAUAUCCAAGAAAAUAGCUGCCUGCUGUUGUAUGGAGGGUUUGCUUGUGAACUCACUAAAUUGCUAGUUAAUCCUUGUAGCUGGUCCAGUGCCAAUGAAAACAAUGAUGUGGAAAUUAAUGUUAUUGUUCAAUUAACUAAACAUAAUGUAGCAGAAAGUUAGGCCCAGUACAUAGGCCCCCAUUAACAGCGAUUUAGAAGAUGUUUGCUUUGACGGCUCUUCUUUCCCUUGCAAACAUUUGCUUUGCAACGUCUGACACUGGUUAUGUAAUGUUUGCUCUUAUGUGUGGGUGUAAAGUAGCUGUAAACAUUUUGUUCUUCCUUCUGUAGUUCAUCAACAUGAUUUUGUUUCUGUAUUACUACCAAUAAUAUAUAACAUUUUGGAUAGUCUCUGUUUUUGCAUAUCGUGGAAAAAUGAGGCAAGUUAAAAUCUUUUUAUGUGAACAGAAACGAUUUUAAAGAGUUUUUCGUGUCAAAAGCUUUGAUGUCAGAACGUGCAUUGAAUUAUUUUUUUUACCAUUUUAUGCAGAUCACUAGCUUUCCUUUCAUUUCCGCUUGCUAAAAUACAGCAAAUAGUUCUGUUUUGUAUAUUAUCUGAGGCGAUUCAAAAGACUGGGAGCAUUAGAGAUCAUUUUGCAGUGAUUUGCACAGAAAAGGAAGAAAAAGCCUAUUGAGGAAGUAGCUCUCCAUUGCUGGAGUUCAAAGUUGUUGUUAAAUGCAGUAUUUCAAGAGAUGUUUCUCUGCCUUGUCUUUGCUGGUUGCUGGAGCUAAGAAAGUCCUUGGUAUCUCAGCCCUUUGUGGGUUGCCAGAUGCCACAUGCGGGACAGCAGUGCCCCACACAUCAGCUGUCCGUGCCUGUUGGAUGAGGCAGGAUCGUGAGAGCUUCCAGGCACCACAAGAACAUCACCUGAGCUGCCUAUCUCACAGAAACCUGCUUACCUCUUCCCAACUCCUGCUUUCUGAUAGUUCAGUCAGUGGUAGACUUGUUGCAUCAUUGGUUUUGUGUUUUUUUUUUUAAAAAACCCCAGCUUUCAUAACCGUGACUCCUCUUGUAUAUCUUAGAUCUGAAUGUAGGAGCUUCUGAAACAGUUAGAAGGAAUGUAGGAGAAAACUAAAGUUAAUUUCCAUGUUUGCUGUUACCCAUUAACAGCAUAAUGAUGAAUUUGUUAUUUCUAAUGUGUUUAUCUAGCUAAACAGAACGAUGAUUAUCAACACGUGAAUCAGCAGCAAAAUAUUUACAAUGAAAAUGAAUAUCAGGGCUCUAGCAUUUGUACCUGAAGAAGGCAACCUCACUGAAGUGUUGCUGAGACAUGCUCCUUUGGGCUCUAUGUCAGUGGAGCAUCUGGAGAGCCAAAGGAGUGCCUGAGUGGAUCUGCCCGAGGAGGAAGGUUCUGCCUGAGCAGAUGUCGUGGUGUAUUUUUAUAUCCAGAAGUAGUAGAAGCAUGUGAAAAGUUAAUGGAAAGGUCCCGCACAUCUUGUGUCAGAGAAGCCAUUCUUCUGAUACCGUUACAGAAUGAUGGCAUUCCGGAGAAACUGGAAGGUGACCUAUUUUAUUCCUUGGUCUCUCCUGAGGACGCUAAGUUGUAUCUUGAUUGGAACUUACUGCAAAACAUUGUUCUUAAUGGAGUAAUAUUUAUUUAGACUUACCUCGUUACAGUUGCUGUUAGAUUAAUAUUUAAAGCUAAUUAGUCUUCAUUAACUAGACUGAAAAACAGAUGAAACCUCAGUUUCUCCAAAUUUCUUACAUGCUACCCCAGACUUGUAUAAAAGAGUGAUUGUUAUCGCUGUUGCAAGUCCUACUUAUCUUUAAAGGAAAGGUGCUUUAAAUUUGUAGCAAAAAGGCAUUUCCUCUAGUGAUAAAAAUCUAUUUGAACAAGAUGUUUCUGAACGAAUCAUUUCUUGGGAAAGAUCUGGGAGAGGACAGAAUGUUAGUUCCCACCCCGUUGCUUGCAUGGCAUCCCCUUCCCUGACGAGCAGUAAGCCUUAGGGUUGGGAAGAAACAAAUCUCCCCAUGUAUCUGCAGUGAAAAAGCUAGGAAAUCUUGUGUUGAAAUAUCUUGGAAUUUUGUUUUUCAGAGGGUUUUCCUUGAAACCAAGUGAAUAAUUCAGUCAGUGUACAGAAGAGUACUUUUGCAGUUAUUCAGAAGCAGUUCAUAGAAUUUUCAUUCUUUUUUAAGCUUACGGUUUUCUGCGUGGCUCAGUGCAACUGGUAGCAGUAAGCAGUGUAGGUUUUACAUCUGAUAAAAUGUUUGUAAAAGCAAACUAUUAAUAGCUAAGUAAAGGUGAGAUUGUGUCAGGAAGAAAGGUCUUCUAAGUCCAUUUAAUGAUCAUGCCUUGUUUGUUGAAUCUACUUAAUGGUUCCAUGUGACUUCCCUGACCACACAUCAUAAAGCCCUGCUAAGCAAUUCAUUCUCUUUGCAGCAAAACCAGAGUAGUUCCUAUCUGCCUCACAGCUCGUGUGGGUUAGCCUUAAGGGCGGUGAAGGUGUUCAGUGAACACGUAGAAUUACAUGCUACAUACAAACUGCAUAUCAGAUGAUGCUAUCAUCAGGCACUUGGUAUCCAUUUAAUCACUGGGGAAAAGCAUUUCUCACGUAGUCACCUUACAGAUGAACAUGAUCUUUACCUGCGCUAGAUUUAUUAAUACUAACGUUGAUAGUUCUGAUGUGCUACUUUAUUAUUUGCUCUGCGUUCUUAAAAUCUCACUGUCUGACAGAAUCUCAGCGGUCUCCUUUUGGCUGUUCAUCCUGGCAGACCCAGUGCUUCUCUUGGAAAUACGUCAGGGGAACCUUCACAGCCAUCCGCUCCCACCCGUGCUCUGGUUUGUGAUGCACUGUGAAGCACUUCUGCUGGGCUGGGUAGCAGGCCGGGGGCUGCAGUAGGGCAGGUUCAGUUCCUCCUGGCACAGGCAACACUUAAUGAAGUAUACACAUUACUGAUGUCCAUCCUGCAGAGAAAUGAACUGUGAAAAAAUUCAAGCAAACAUGUUCCAACUGUUCAUACAAAGGAUUGCAUAAGUCACGCAUUGUGUUUCCACCAAACUUUCCCCACAAUUUGCUGCUGAUCAGCAUGUGCUUCACUUAGUUUCCUCCAAUUAAAAUUUGCAAACAGACAAGCUUUCCAGUGCUAACAGACUCAUGUGCUUCCCCAGAGAUUCGGAGCCACGUGUUCCAGGAAUGGCUGGCUCAACCAAGUGGUUGGUACUAAAAUGAUAUGGGUGGCAGUCAUUGGUGAUUGGUUCAACCUCAUAUUUAAAUGGAUUUUAUUUGGCCAUCGUCCCUACUGGUGGGUGCAUGAAACAAUGAUUUAUCCUAAUCAGUCAAGCCCAUGCCUUGAACAGUUUCCUAUAACAUGUGAAACUGGACCAGGGAGCCCAUCUGGACACGCCAUGGGAUCUUCCUGUGUCUGGUAUGUAAUGGUAACAGCAGCACUUAGCUACACAGUGAGGUGGAAAGAGAAAUCAGCAGUUACCCUUCACAGACUGACAUGGUCAUUACUCUGGAGUAUUUUUUGGAUUAUCCAGAUCAGUGUGUGCAUCUCAAGAGUGUUCAUAGCAACGCAUUUCCCUCAUCAAGUUAUUCUUGGAGUAUUUGCUGGAAUUCUUGUGGCAGAAGCAUUUGAGCAUACCCCUGCUAUUCAGACAGCAAGCUUGAGAAUGUACAUCAAGACAAACUUGUUUCUUUUCAUCUUUGCCCUUGGUUUUUACCUAGUCCUCAAGCUUCUUGAUAUUGACUUGCUGUGGUCUGUUCCGAAGGCCAAGAAGUGGUGUGCCAAUCCAGACUGGAUAAACAUUGACACAACUCCAUUUGCUGGACUGGUGAGAAAUUUAGGUGCAUUCUUUGGCUUAGGUAUUGGUAUUAAUUCUGAAAUGUUCAUCACCAGCUGCAAAGGUAAAAAUAGCUGUAAGAAAAGUUUCCGCGUAUUGUGUAUAGCUGCUUCUUUAGCUACACUACAGCUGUAUAAUUUUGUUAAGAUACCUACUCACACUGAGUAUUUGUUCUACAUUCUCUCUUUUUGUAAGAGUGCAGCUAUGCCUCUGACUGUAGUCGCCUUGGUUCCAUACUGUGUCCACACGUUAAUGAGGACAACUGAUAAGAAAUGUAAUUAGAUAAGGUUUCCAAAUGGUUGCCAGUGCAAGGAUAUGAACUGUUCAAGAGCCCUCCACAAAGACAGUUCUAACUCAUGUUAACCAAGGGAGAUGCCACUGCACCUUUGAUGUGCUCCUGCACCUGGCUUGAAACCAACCUUAUCUAUGAUUACGACUCUUUAAAAUUUAAGCAAGUGUGACUAAGCUAAUGGGACUAGAAACAAAUACUGAAGAACUAAAAGACAGCUAUGACAAAGAUUUCUCCCGCGUCCAAUUUGCACUGUGCUUGCUUAUUCCCUAGUAGAAUGUAACCUACGGAGGCAUCACAAGGUGCUAGAAGGAUCAUAGAAACGCUCCAGAAGCUGGACACUGGUGCUCUUACCACAGCCACUACUGCCAACAAAUGCCAAUGUCUGUCCAGGCUUAACAGCUACAGAGAGUCCUUUCAGGACCUGAAUAUCGGGCCGCGAGGGGUAUGUGAAUUUACAGUUAAGAAAUUCAAUGCUCCCCUUGAAAUCAUCCUAGUGAAAAAAAAUGAGAAACGCUGCAGUGAUCUCAUGCUCAAAACUGAGUCAUAAAGUAGAAAAUAACUCUUCCUCAAAUUCAUUUCUUGCAUCUGUUAUUUAAAAUGCGAUACCAGUGCUCGUGAAUUAUCCUAGAAAGAGGCAUUAGAAACUUAGUGGCAUAGCUGUUCUACAAGGUGAAGUCAUUUGUCAUUACACUGAUGCUCUGCUGACACGGCCCUGUACUACACCGGCCAGAAGCAACAACUGGAAGUGGGAUUACCUUGCCAAUUGGUAAGUUAUUUAUUUUAAUACAGAUACUGUAUAAGUACAAAUUUGGUGACUGUGCAAAGACAUUUGUGUGAAAAGCACACAAUUUAUUAUUUUUUUUAAAUCUACUGAACUUUGCAAUGUUAGAACAAUAUGUGAAUUCUGGUCAAUUUAAUGUAUUUGCGACAAAUAUUUCAAGAAUUCCUUUAAUGCUGAAAAAAAAACGAAAUGAAAAAUACAUAUUUUUAAUUUGCCAGGCCUGACUUUUCCAUUGACCAAAAAGAAAAUAUUUCAUUUUGUCACAUUCAAAAUUUUUUUUCCUUCUCAUAAACACUCCAAACUUCUAUAUGAACUGAAAAAAAAAGCAUUACAAGAUGGCUAUAAUAUCUAACAGAAAGAAAAAGCAUGCUAUUUGGUGAGUCAUCCCAAUUACUACUCUUCCAAUCCACAGGAGUUUUACACAAAUUCCUAAUAGCCAUGCUUUCUGUUACCCUUGCUGCCUAGCACAGAGCUCACUGCUUCCAAAAGACCAGAUGUAUCAAUUAUACGGAUAGAAGAACCUUCCUGUAAAGCAGUGAUCCUCAUUGUUUUUUUAAAUUGUUACUGCAACUUCAGUGCUUAUAUUGGGCUGAGUGGCAUCUCGAACUACUCCUCUAUCUCCACGCUUACCCAUUUUUCUCCUUUUUCACUGUAAACACUGAUUUUAGGAAGCCGAUCGAUGAGUUGAAACAAACGUGCAGCAGAUGUUUUGGCUUUAGCAUAGUUCGGGGUGUAGGAAGAAGCUCUUCCCAAAGCAGUCCCACUGGUCACAAUUGCAGAGAUCACCCUGCGGGAAAGAUGGACGUGGUUACUCUAGGGCAGCCAUCAGGAAGCUGCGCGCUCCACUCGGACCAGCACCUCCGGAGAGAAGUCUGUGCCUGGCCCCACGCAGGCUCUUACCUGAACACAAAGCUGUAAUGGAGCCCUUCAGUUUGAACCAGAAACCCUCCAUAUCUGUAAGAGACAGAGUUGGCUAUGAACACUAUGCUCUGGGCAAAGCCAAAGCAGAUUCCAUAAACGUUUGCUUUUUUGAUUGCAGCUCUGUACGGCAUAUCCAGGUUCUUCUCAAAAGCAUCAAUAAAUUUUUUUUCUUUCCCUAUCCCAGCUACAGUUCUGAUGUUAGAGAGGGCUUCACUGGAAAUCUGGAGGACAAAAAAAAAAAAAAAGAGUAAAAUCACCCUGCUUAUCUCAAGUAAUUUUAUUCA